AUGGCCGACCUUGUCUUGCUCACAGCUGCCACGCCGAACGGACAGAAGUGCUCGAUCGCUAUCGAAGAGCUCAGAGCGCACUAUGGCGAUCGUAUCAAGUGCGAGUACAAGCCGAUUGCGAUGCAAAAGAACGAGCAGAAGACACCAGAGUUCCUUGCCGUCAAUCCGAACGGACGCAUACCCGCCUUGACGGACAAGAGUCGCAAUGACUUUCCGGUCAUGGAGAGCGCUGCGAUCAACAUGUACCUGUGUCAACACUACGAUCAAGACCACGUACUCUCAUUUGCAGAUCCGAACGAGACCAGCCAGCUCGUCCAGUGGAUCAUUUGGGCUCAAAGCGGUCUAGGACCGAUGCAGGGCCAGGCGAACCAUUUCGUGAGGUAUGCGCCAGAAAAGAUUGAAUAUGGUAUGACCCGGUACGUCAACGAGACGAAGCGCUUGUAUGGCGUUCUCGAGGGUCGGCUCAAGGACAGAGACUACCUUGUCGGCCCGUCCAAGGGCCAGUACUCGCUGGCGGAUAUCAACUCGUAUACUUGGGUGAGAUUCCAUGCCUGGGCAGGCAUCGAGACGCUCGACGCAUUCCCGAACCUCAAGCGAUGGCUCGAUACCAUCAGCGAGCGACCCGCUGUCCAGGCGGGGAUCUCCAUUCCUGACAAGGACACCAUCACGAAAAUGAAGGAGCUCGGCGACGAUCACGAAGCGAUAGCCAAGAUGCAGGCCAAGUCUGCAAAGUGGGUGCAAGAUAGUAACAAACUAUAG